AUGCCUAUCCUUGGUCUAAAGCCCACUAAAAAAUCCGUAUACCCUGCUCACUUUGACAUUGAAAAGGUUAUAAGACCGAACAUUCUCUCAUUACAACCCUAUCGAUGUGCUCGCGAUGAUUACAGCACCGGAAUUCUAGUCGACGCCAACGAAAAUUCUCUAGGACACUCUAUCGAAGGAGAAAUUGAAGGAGCACAAGACACCCUGAGUCUCAAUCUGAAUCGAUAUCCUGAUCCUUCUCACCCUUUGAUCAAGUCGCGGAUCGCGGCUCUUCGAGGGCUGGGUUCAUCCUCACCUUCAUCGACGUCGGAUGAGGACACAGGCGCGGACCACAUAUUCCUUGGUGUAGGCUCCGAUGAAGUCAUCGACCUUCUUAUGCGUGUCUGUGUUGUGCCCGGAAGAACGGAGAAAAUUCUAACAACACCACCCACCUAUGGGAUGUACGGGGUAUGCGCUCAAGUAAAUGACAUCGGUGUUGUACGCGUGCCACUCGAGCUUUCAGGAGAUCAGGGAGAGGGGGGAGAACGAGGAAGAUUUAGCGCUCAGGUUGAUCAGAUCAAAAAGACCGUCGCGGCUGACCCUUCCAUCAAACUCAUCUUCUUGUGCUCUCCAGGCAAUCCUACUGGCACAUUAAUUCCAAUUUCUUCCAUUCGCUCCCUGCUAGAAUUCUCCGAUUUCAAGGGAAUAGUCGUUGUGGACGAAGCUUACAUCGACUUCACAGAGGAUCCCCUGAAGCAAAGUGCCGUCAGCCUCGUCAAAGAGUAUGCUAACGUGUGUGUGCUGCAGACUUUGAGCAAGGGUUUUGGGCUAGCUGCUAUCCGCCUUGGAAUUGCUCUAGCACAGCCGCCUCUCAUUCAAGUACUGACAAAUACUAAAGCUCCAUACAACAUUUCCACUCCUACCGCCCAUCUCGCACUUUCUGCCCUCUCACCACAAUCUAUUGCUAGCAUGCGUGCCAAGGCACAGACCAUUGUAGCCAGUCGUGCAAAAAUGCUCGCUGCGCUGUCUGAACCUAGAUUUACCGAUCUCGGCGUUGGAAAAAGCAUCGGUGGCAACGACGCAAAUUUUGUUUUGAUCCCUAUUCUCGAAAAUCGUCAAGGGGAACCUUCCAGUGAACGUGCCAACAAGAUAUAUCGCUCACUAGCGGAGGAGAAUGGUGUUGUUGUCAGGUAUCGUGGAAAUGAACCAGGGUGUGCUGGGUGCCUCCGCAUCACAAUUGGCUCGGAAGAGGAAAACAAAAUUAUCCUUCAAAAACUAGAGCAAGUUCUCAGGAUUUUAUAG